AUGCUUAUGGCCUUAGGUGCUAGGAAUAAGGCGGUCUUUGUUACUAGUGCUUAUCAUGUUAUUGAUGAGAGUCAUCCGGAUUAUGGAUCUUGGUCAAGAUGCAACAACAUUUUUAAGCAGAGUGAUGGCCCUCGCACAGCUGAGAUAAAGCAACAGAUAUAUACUGAGGUACAAGGUUCUCAGACGGUCAGUGAAUACUAUACGAGACUCAAACAGUUGUGGGAGAAGCUCAAGAAUCAUGGAGAUCCAUAUACAUGUUGUUGUGGCCUUUUAAAUUGUGCGAGUCACAAGUUACUUGCCACGAGGGAAGAGCAAGACCGAGUUCUGAAGUUCCUUAUGGGAUUGAAUGACACUUUCAUGGCUAGUAAAGGACAUAUACUGAUGAUGAAGCCUAAGCCGCUGUUGUCAAAAGUAUUCAAUCUCAUCUCUCAAGAGAAGUGCCAGAGGUCAAUGAAGUCUACGAGCAACUUAACAUUUCAGGCUUCUCCUAUUUCUUCAUCUCCUGAGCCGAUUAUUGCAGCAUACUCAGGUGGCUAUAACAAGCAGAAGAACAUACCUAUUUGCUCUCACUGCGGUCUUUCGGGUCAUAUAGUUAACCGUUGUUACAAAUUGCACGGUUACCCUCAAGGCUACAAGUUUCCCAACUACGGUUCAAGGAAUCAAAAUGGUCCUUCCUCUCAGUCUUCUGGAGGUUAA